AUGUCAGCACCAAACCCAAAGGCUUUCCCAUUGGCCGAUUCAGCUUUAACUCAACAAAUUUUGGAUGUCGUUCAGCAAUCACAGAAUCUUAGACAGUUGAAGAAAGGAGCCAACGAAGCCACCAAAACUUUAAACAGAGGUAUUUCCGAAUUCAUUAUCAUGGCUGCUGAUACUGAGCCAAUUGAAAUUUUGUUGCACUUACCAUUGCUUUGUGAAGAUAAGAACGUUCCCUAUGUCUUUGUUCCUAGCAAAGCUGCUUUGGGAAGAGCUUGUGGUGUUUCUAGACCUGUUAUUGCUGCAUCUGUAACAACUAACGAUGCUUCGUCCAUCAAAAACCAAAUUUACGGUAUCAAAGACAAGAUUGAAACUUUGUUGAUUUAG